AUGCGCCAAGACGAAGAAGACCUGCAAUUCCUUUCUGCAUUAAAGGAUCUUAGGAUGGGAACUAUUUCGGCGGAAAAGAACGAUUACCUUUGCUCACUCUCUAGAGAACUCAAUGAAAGUCUGCUUUCUGUGGCUGUACAUAUAUUUUUCAAAAGGAUUGCUGCGCAGUUAUACAACCUCUCAGUCCUGCAAACUCUGACAGGGGAGUAUGUCCAUUACGAAGCAAGCAAGGAAGGGGAAACAUCUGACUUAAAAUGUCAAGCAGAUGAUAUCCUCCUACUCAAACCUGGUUGUCGGGUAAUGCUAACUUGGAAUAAAUCGUCUACUCUCAAAAAUGGCAGUCAAGGAAACUUUAUAGGAGUUGAGGGAGGGAUACCAAUUGUAUCCUUUGCAGGRGUUCGUACAAAGAUUCACAGAGAGACGUGGCUAAAACGUGACAGGAAUGGCAACGUAAUCGGUUCUUUAACGCAAUACCCAUUAGUGCUAGCGUAUGCUAUCACUUGUCAUAAAUCCCAGGGACAGACCCUUCGCGCGGCGGUAGUUCACUGUUCCCAGGARUUUGUGUCUGGACUGACWUAUGUGGCCACUUCGCGCGUACGCUCAUCCCAUCAUAUUCAACUAGUUGAUUUCUCACCUGACUUUUUGUUGAAACCCCCCAAGAAGUAUUAG